AUGAGCAUCAUGCAAUGCCUCCCUCUGCCGGAUGAGAAGCCCACUACUGACUGUGCUGAUGCCUCUGGCACUGCAGCCGACUGUGACAGACAGAAGACGGAUGAGGAUGUUGUGGACGCUCGAGAGAGACAUGAGGGUCUGCUGAGAGAAUUACAAGAGCUGGCAGAGCACGAGCAAGAGCGAGAGCAAGAGUUCACCCGCGAGACAGACGAGUAUGAGCUCAGCGACACUGACGACACCUGGGACAACGAGGAAGAGGAGGAGAACGAGAGAGGAGAUGAAGAAGAAGAAGAUGAUGGAGGAGAUGAAGAUGAUGGAGAAGACGAGCAGAAUGAGGAGCUCCUGCAGACGGAGACGGAGCGGCAACAGGACCAGGAGCUGGAGGAGCUGCUGGAGGAGCUGAAGAAGAAGCAGCAGGAGAAGAAGAGACGCAGCCGGCUGCAGGAGGAGCAGAAGCUGGAGCAGGAGCUGAUGCUGGAGAAGCAGAGGGUCGAGCAGGAGCUGCUGGAGCUGCUGGAGGAGCAGAAGAAGAACAGCAGCGGCGACGGCUGGAGCAGACAGAAGCAGACACAGGAGAAGCAGGAGGAGCUGCAGGAGCUGCUGAGGAAGAUGGAGAGCGCACAGCAGGAGGAGCAGAAGAAGAAGAGCAGCGUGCAGGAGGAGGGAGAGGAGAAGAAGAAGAGGGAGAUGGAGAACGCUAGUGAUGAAGCCACCAGACAGUUCCAGACGGAGAGAGAACAACAGCAGAGGGAGGAGGACGAAGACGAGGAGCUGCUGGAGAUUGAAGCUGAGCUGAGGAAGGUGGCGGCGCAGCUGCAUCAACUACGCAGGGGUUAAACACACAACAGACACACACACACACACACACACUAAUAUCUAUAUAAGCUAAAACAAGUCCAUGUGUAAAGUUGAGUGUUUAUAAUCUCAUAGCAAACACACUCACGAACACACGAGAGGACAACACACACCACUGCUCAUUCUAACAUAGUGUAAUAACUUCACAAGCCACGCCUCCUCAACCACAGCUCAUGAAUAUUCAUGUGUCCUCAUUAGAAUAUGAGUAAGAUUCCUGUUGUGAUGCAAUCCUCCAGUGAUGGUGCAGUGAAGUGUGUGUGUGUGUGUGUGUGUGUGUGCGUGUGUGUGUGUGUGUGUGUGUGUGUGUGAAUAAGGCAAACGUGCACAUAUGAAGUAAUAAUAAUAAUAAUAAUGUGAUUAGUGCUGUUGACUGUUACUGUGCUCACAGAACACUGCAGAUCUGUGCGUGUGUGCGUGUGUGUGUGUGUGUGUGUGUGCGUGUGUGCGUGUGUCAUUCUGCUGUGUUUUAUACACUGAUGGCUGAGCACUGUUACACUGAGACUGUUCUGGGGUCAGAGUGCAGACGCUUUACUGCUCUAACACACACACACAUCAGGAGCACUGCAGAGAAAAUCUCUGUAUGUGUGUGUGUGUGUAAUUUAGUGUGUGUAUAAUUUAGUGCGUGUGAGUGUGUCUGUAUGUGUGUGUGUGUGUGUGUAAUUUAGUGUGCAUGUGAGUGAGAUGUUUUUGAGUGUGCGUGUGUUUGUGUUUGUUUGUGUGUGUGUAAAACAUCGUGUGUAUGUGUGUGUGUGUGUCUGUAUUGAACAGAAAGCGUCAGUGUUCUCUUCCUUUGUUGCACUUUCCUGAAAGCAGCCAAUGAGAGCAAGUCUGAUCACAGACUCCGCCCACAAACAAACACACUGUCUUUGUUGAAUGUGAACUGAUCUGAGAAGAGAGAAAGCAGCAAUAAGAGGAGCAGUGUGUGUGUGUGUGUGUGUGUGUGUGUGUGUGUGCGUGGACUGCAGAAUGAGUCUACUAUUGAUUUUGAAUGUAUCUGAAGUUUAGCAGAUCAUGUAAACACUGCAGUCAAACUAUAGUUCUGUCUUUAAUUAUUAUUAUUAU